UAUAAUGAGAGAAGCGAUGAAGAAAAUAGUGGAUGGAAGGGAGAAGAAGAGAAGGUGACUUGAUUGCGGAAGGUUGUUCAUUCAUUGUUUUUGUUGUUGCUCCGACAUCAAACCAAACAACCUUUGCCUUUAUCUUAGCUUUCCCUCUUCCCAGGCCCUUCCAUUCUUCCUACCAAUAUAGAUUCUUGAAUCAUCUUCUUACGUUUCUUACACCGAAGUCCGGACCAAACAAUUGUGUCAUUCCUCUUUUAAACAGGUGCUAGACUUCUAGGAAAAUCAGAUGCAUUCUGGUAAAUUUUCCCUUACACCCAAGAAUGAAGUAAAGGACUUAACAAGUUCAAGUCUUCCCAGUUACAAACAUAGCAGUCUUCUGGAUCCCAUAGACGUUUCUUCAUCUUCCGAUGAUGAAAAUGACUUUCCUAAUGCUGAUGUGUCUAAUCAGUUAGUCCUUUAUGAUUCUGUGGCAAAUGGAAACAAUGCAGUCGAACUUGUGCCUGAUCCUCUUCGGUGUGUACCUCCAUUGCUUCCAAGAAGAAAACCUUCACAUUCAGUUUCUAGUGUUUUGCCAUCAGUUGGUGCUUUCACUGUUCAAUGUGCAUCCUGCUUUAAAUGGAGGUUGAUUCCAACAAAGGAAAAAUAUGAAGAAAUUCGUGAACAUAUCCUUGAACAGCCUUUUUUUUGUCAAACAGCUCGUGAGUGGCGACCUGAUGUAUCUUGUGAUGAUCCAGAGGAUAUUUCUCAGGAUGGCAGCAGGAUUUGGGCUAUUGAUAAGCCAAACAUUGCACAGCCUCCGGCUGGAUGGCAGCGACUGCUACGGAUCAGAGGUGAAGGAUGCUCCAAAUUUGCAGAUAUAUAUUAUGUAGCACCAUCAGGCAAGAGAUUGCGCUCAAUGGUAGAGAUCCAGAAGUUCUUGACGGAUCAUCCUGAGUAUACAAGAGAUGGGGUAACAAUGAAACAGUUCUCAUUUCAAAUACCAAAGCCAUUACAAGAAAACUAUGUGAGGAAGCGCACCGCUAGACUUACAUCUUCAUAUGAAGUCAGUGGACCUAUUGAACCUGCACAAGUGAGUCCUCUAGCAUGGACAGGUCCAGAAGGCCGUGCCUAUCCAUAUGCAGGAAGACUGGGGCUUCCUGCUCCAUACAUGGGAUCACACGAGCUUGACCCUAUCAGUAUGAGCCGUCCUGCAAAGAAGCAAGCAACUCAGAGCUCCUUUCAGAAUGGUCCUCUGUUAAAGCAGAAAGACCCUGAUCAAAUCUCUUAAUGUCCUUUUUGGUCAGUCAACCUCUUUUAUGUUACUUUUGUGUAGUCGUUUGCAUCUUUCUUACAAAUAGAGUUUAUCCUUUUGGGGUCAGAAAAGCGAACUGUCGAAAAGGAACUGCUAAAGAAGAUGAAAAUUAUACCUCUUGAUAGGACAUUUGAUGUGUAUUAUCGGAAAACAGUUUAGAGAAGGUGUCAUGACAUAUCAGAUUCGGAAAGCAAUUGAUUUGUAUAUUGCAUUCUUGGCUCACUUGUCCUAGCGUUUCAAGUCUCCUAGAAUUAGUUAUUGAGGAGAUUAACAUCUUCUUGGUAUUCCUAGUAAAAUUGUAUUUUGCAUCAGUGGAAUUUUCUUUAAGUUGGGAGAAACUUUUAUACAAAAAAAGGGUGCUUGCCCCAUGAGAUCGUGUUAUGGACUUAUGUAAUAUGCCCCCAAGAGGCUUAUUAGUUUGUAAGUUGAUGGUGUUUGUUCGUAA